AUGGAACGAAAAAUUAAGUCAUUCUUACUCAUUGAAAUUGCUGCGUUUAUCCUUUUAACUUGGAUAUGCCAUUUUAACAAUGAUAUGAGUAUCUUUAAUAAAUGUUUUAAUAAGAACAAUGUUGACAGAAAAAAACAUACAAGGUCUUACAGAUUAUUAGGAAAGCAUAAACAAGAAAGGCGUUCACCCAUUAUAUGGAUAAAAGAAGAAAUACCAAUUAAUGAAGUGAAUGAAAAAGAAGAUAUAUCUAAUAGUGAAAAAGGAAGCAGAAGGAAAAUCAAACAAUCAGAUGAAUGUUCAUUACAUAAUAUGGAAGAACAACAACAAUAUAAUAAACAUAAAUCUAUAUUUGAAACAAAAAGUCAUUUUUCUUAUCUUGAAAAAAAAAUAUUCAGAGAACUUGAUUAUAAAGAUCACCGUAAACAUAACAGAACAAUUAGUAAUAAGGUUUACAAAAAAUUAAUACGUAAAAAUUACAUAAUACGAUCAACGUUGUUGUUGUUAUUCAUCUUUUUAGUAUUAAUGGUACCUAUAGCAGAUAUAUCAUUAAGAUACUUGGUGGAUAAGGGGGGUUUAUUGAAAGCUUUAGGGUUGUUUCAUGCAAAUGCAGGUACGUUAGGAACUUUUGUUAGUACUGGAGGUUUGUUAAUGGAUGGUUAG